AUGAUAGUCUUCCCAUUAUUUAACUUUAAGGAUCUCCAUGAAAUUGGGGUUCAAAUCGAUGAUGCCAUUAAACAAGGGAUCAUUGUGGAAGGUUGGGGGCAUUUUGAAUCAGGAGGUCCUACAAAGUCUAUUGGCGUUGGAUCAAUGAACUUAGGGGAUAAUGUGACUAGUUCUAUGAUGGGGGAUGAACCACUUGCUGAUGGAAUGCAUUUUACUCCAGACAUUGUGGAUGAGAAUUACCAAAAUAUCCUCUUCUUCUCUAUCUCUUUUUUCUCUCUCCUCCGACGCCCUAACCAACAGCUCCUUCUUCCGCCGCCGCCGCCGCCGCCAGUGACUUCACCAAUGGUCAUCGAUAUGUUUUUGGGUCAGGUACGGGGCAUCUUGGCACAACUGGGCUAUGAGAAGCUGGAUGAAAUAAUUGGCCGAACAGAUCUACUAGGACCACGAGAUGUAUCGUUGAUGAAAACACAGCAUCUUGAUCUCAGUUAUAUUCUAUCUUGUGUUGGAUUACCAAAGUGGAGCAGUACUCGAAUCAGGCUUCAGGAUGUUCAUAGUAAUAGCCCCGUUUUGGAUGAUAUUUUACUCUCAGAUCCGAAACGGGGGAGGUUGAAGAGUAGAUCGCAAUGGUGGCUUGAAGAAGAGAGGGCAAGGGGAAGGGGCUAACACCGGCGCCAGCGACAGAGCUGGGUUGCAGGUGGUGACGGUGGUGGGGUGUGUGAUUAAGGAUAAAAAUGGAACAUUGUGUGUGUAUUGAACAAAUUUAUUAUUUAUUAAAUUAUUAAGGGUGUGAAUUAAGUAUUGGUGUGUCUUAAGAUGAUAUGUGGUGUGUAAAUAGAGGCAC